ACACGCGGGUUUUAAACACAUUUCCCCACAAACUUCAGCAGCAGCAGUCCAGCGUGUAAGGCACAGUUGGCUCAGCAGAUACCCUGCCGUCGAACAACAAAGACUGGAGCAGCUGCAGCACACAGACACACUAACAACUUCUCAGUUCAGCGCCUUCCUGCUUCGAAUGGCGAACGAGCGGCUGAAACUCCUGGAGGAGGUGGAGAAGGAAAUCUCGACGGUCCUGCAGUGUGCUGGAAACAUUGUUCUGGAACUCUCCAGAGACAAACAUAAUGCCAGCUUCCUGGACAGGCAACUGGUCCAGUUCCAGACGUCAAUCAAUCGAGUGGAGAGUGAACUGAGUGCCCAGAUCCGCUACCUCACACAGGUAGCUACUGGUCAACCACAUGAGGGCUCCACUUAUUCAACCAGGAAGGACUGUCAGAUGUCACUGAACAGAGCCGAGUAUGCAAAGGUCAAGCUGGGAGAACUGGGUCGGACAUGUGAAGCCAUGCUGGAGCAGCAGCAGAUAUGAUGGCACAUAGCUGCCUGCUGUUGUGGAGCUCACAGCAGCACUUGACUAUUUUAUCGGAUCGUAUUUUGUCAGUAGUGUUCCACAGACAGUGAUUAAAAUGUUGGAGUCACACAAACCAAGACACUGGACAAAGGAAAGGCUUUUGAUGCAUAUUUUUCAAGCAAAAAAAGUUUGUGUCAAAAAGUGCAAAGAUCUGAUUGUUAAAUGUUCAAUAAAGUUUUUGUGAAUUUCACUAGA